UCAGUCGGAUGGUAGAAAAGGAAACCUUCUCAGCUGAUAACUUUUAAGAUCUCUCAUAAACAUGGAUACAUAUAUUAUAAAUAAUAAUGUUUGCCCCACAAGAAAAUGAUAAAUUGUCAAUUUGAUGGAAUACGAGCAAUUUAAGUGAAAAAAUGCACAAAUUGAAGUCCUCGCAGAAAGACAAGGUCAAGAAAUUUAUAGCCUUCACUCAGACGGGCGAAUCCACGGCUAUUUACUGCCUAUCACAGAAUGACUGGAAGCUCGAGCUGGCUUCUGACAACUUUUUCCAGAACCCAGAUUUGUACUUUAAAGAACCCAAAAUAAGUGUGGAUAGGAGAAAACUAGAACAACUCUUUUCAAAGUACAAAGAUCCAUCAGAAGUUGAUAAAAUGACAGCUGAUGGAAUUAUGAGAUUUCUUGAUGACCUUUCACUCAGCCCCGAUUCCAAAUUGGUUUUAAUUAUAGCAUGGAAAUUUAAAGCUGCUGCACAGUGUGAAUUCACCAGAGAUGAAUUUAUAUCAGGAAUGGUCGAAUUAGGAGUGGACAGUAUUGAUAAACUGAGGGCGAGAUUACCAACUUUGGACAAUGAGAUAAAAGAUCUUUUAAAGUUUAAAGACUUUUAUCAUUUUACUUUCAAUUAUGCUAAAAACCCUGGCCAAAAAGGACUAGAGCUAGAUAUGGCCAUUACAUACUGGAAUAUUGUCUUAAAAGGAAGGUUUAGAUUUCUUGAUUUAUGGUGUAAAUUUUUGAUGGAGCAUCAUAAAAGAUCGAUCCCCAAAGACACCUGGAAUCUUCUGCUAGAUUUUGCAUCGGUAAUCAACGAUGACAUGACGAAUUACGAUGAAGAAGGUGCUUGGCCAGUUUUAAUAGACGAUUUUGUAGAAUGGGCUCAGCCAAAAAUAAUCAAAGGUUCACCAAAUUCUGUGUAAUUGUAGAAUUUGAAAUAAAUUUUGUUAUUUUUAA